ACAGAAGUAUAGGUUUUCAUUGAGUGUGUCAAAUGUCAAUGGUCUUUUCACAUCAUCUACCCUGUGAGACUGGUAAUGGUGGACUAUAUAACAGGCAAGAGCUCUAAAGUAGUUGGAAGAAAGUUGGUGCUGAUUGGGCAUUCCUGCUUUACAGGAGUUUUUUUGACAUUAGAAAAGCUUUAGCUAUCAUUAAAAGGCCUUGCGAAAUAUGUGUGCUAACUCAUUAGCAACAUAAGUGAACAAGCUUAAUCAUUCAUAUUUUUGGGUGACUGUUCCUGCCAGGGUACUUCAACAGGCUCUUUCUAUCAGAAAGUGGAUUCUUCAAUGGAGAUUUCAUCAAUUAGAGAGUUACCUGAACUGGGAGAGGAGGAUCCUAACUUAUUCAAUCAGCACUGGCAUAUGAACUCUCUUGAUGAACUCAGCGUCCUCCCUCUGGCGGCUGCGUUUGGAGAGAACUUGCAGCACUCUUUCUCUAAUUACUAUCCGGUCGCAUGGAAUUCAUGCAAAGCUGAUGCAGAUGAUAUAUCAAACCUUCAAGCUGCUUUUUCUCCAAAUACUCUUUCCUUUGCCAGUUCCAACCACAUGAAUUCAGUGGGCAUUUGGAAGCCUAAAGAAGAGGCAUCAUGUUCUAAGAGCAUGGAGUCCUUUCCUUCUGAUUUCUUGUUUUCUCAAAAUCCCUUAAUUGGAAGCCAAAACUAUGUGCUUAAGGGUUGCCAUGGAGCUAAGAGGGUUAGCACAGGCAAUAGAAUUUCUCAGACACAAGAUCAUAUCAUGGCAGAAAGGAAACGGCGAGAAAAGCUCAGCCAGAAGUUCAUAGCUUUGUCUGCUAUAGUUCCUGGCUUAAAGAAGAUGGACAAAGCUUCUGUGCUUGGAGAUGCUAUCAAGUAUCUGAAACAACUGCAGGAGAAAGUCAAGACACUUGAGGAGCAGACUAGGAAGAAAUCAAUGGAAUCAGUAGUUUUUGUGAAGAAAUCUCAACUAUUCGAUGACAAUGAAGACUUUUCCUCGGAUGAAAACUUCAGUUACCCCUUUGAUGAGCCACUACCAGAAAUUGAAGCAAGAUUUUGUGAUAAAAGUGUUCUUGUAAGAAUUCAUUCUGAGAAAAGAAAAGGACUUUCAGAGAAAAUCAUGUCUGAAAUCGAGCAGUGUCACCUUACAAUCAUCAAUAGCAAUGUCAUGACAUUUGGGAGUUCAGCUCUUGACAUAACUAUUGUUGCUCAGAUGGAUAUGGAAUUCUGCAUGACAGUAAAGGAUCUUGUGAAGAAGCUACGAGCAGUUCUUAAAUUGCUCAUCUGAAAAAUCACCCUUUUAACUAUCAAUCUAUCAUAUACUAUAAGCUUUAAAAGUAAGUAAUAAUACCCUUGUACGCAUAAUUUCAGACACUCCGAAUCAAUUGGCAUUUUAAUGAUCCCACCACUCAAGACCAUCAAGCCACUUUUAGCUGAUCAGAGGUUCAUUUUUGCAAGACGGUUCUUUUCAGUCAAUCUUUUGCAUGGUCCUACUGUUUGACCAUGUUUAAUUCCUUCUUGUUUUAUAGACUGAUCUCAUCUCAGCUCAUUUGGGCUUUUUUUUCGGGAGGUUGAAAAUUCAACCGAACAUGUAUAUAUGAUGCAUCCCUUUCUAACCUAAAUUGGUUAAAAAGGAAAAAAAUGUGUUUCUUUUUUUGGGUGUGUGGACAAACUGGCCUUUGUUGCAGCAGUGUUCUGUUUUGUUUCAGUGACUUAGAGGACUCCUGAAUCCUGAGCCUCUUUCUCCUUGUAAUUUCUAGCUAUCUGGUGUUGUAAUAGUACUUUGAAUAACAAAAAUGAACUACAGUUUCAUCUAAAUCAUUUGCCUUGUUCUUUCCUGGAUUUUGAUAAUGUUUGUGGUUGAGGAAAACCAAAAUUUGUAAAAGCAAGACGUCAAUUCGAAUCAAUUCGAGGCUCACAAAAGCUUGGCAUGACUUGGAAGAACCCUAAAAAGGUGGUACAUGAUGUGGUGGUUGUACUACUCCAUAGUUGUUUAUGUUUGUCAAGUUGCCUUGAGCAAAGGACAAAACCAGACGCUUUAAAAGGUAGCGUUUGGCAUGUUUUCAUUUGCAGAUUCA